UCUCCUCAUUUUUUACGUUUUGUUUUUGGUGAAGCUACACGGCCUUGAGCCGCAUUAGCGAGAUGUUGAGUUAAAAAAGAUCUUCCGCGUCCAUUUACAUUUAAUCGGAGGCAACGAACACAUUUAGAGCGUCUUUUUGUUCGAGGCUACAAGCGGAUCCAUUCAUCCACUAUUUCUUGCCAAUAAAGAACUCUUCUAUUUUAAUAUAUGCCCUUUGCAAAUCUGCACAAUGACUGGAGUCCAUAAUUUCCUAAAUGGGACUCAACCCGACGCAAUGGGCCAAGUUGGCACAGAGGGGUCAUACCACGUUGUCCUGGAGAGUUCCCCUCCAGACUACAUGGAGAAAAUAUCGCGAUAUCUUUCGUCUUCUAUGGGACAAGGCAGACGGGAUAACGUAUCCACUGGUCCUGCUGAAGCAGAAAGUGACUCAGGAGACAGCCUGUUCAUAACCCAAAAGGAAGCAACGCUACCUAAGGAUGUGAGGUCAGACCGACUACAUCAAUACAUCAGAGAUCUAGAGGAAAGUGAAAGCAGUUCCUCAUCCGUCUCUCACAGUGGAGAGUUCAAAACUUCCAAGUUAGGGAGAAGAAAGAAUUGCCCCCUGCCAAAAUACAGUUUCCCUUUCCUCGAAAAGCGGGAGGGGAAGCUCAGAAGCAGUCCGGUACCCGACCAGAACAAAAGCCUCAAUUAUUACAUCCUUGGAGGCUUCUUUAAAUGUCUUGGAGAGCUGAGGCAGAGCUCUCAGAGAGGACCGAAUCUGGAGUCAUCUUUCCCAACAGUUGACAUGGAUGGGGAGGACAUAUCCCCAUUGUCAGAAGAUGAUGGAGAGAAGUCAGAGGACGAAGAAAUCAAAGUGGUGGAGAGGAAACACUUCCUGGUAUCGUCCAAAAGAACGAGUCAACAAAGAUGGUGCAACCAGUUAAAUAGACAAAAGAGGAGUAAAGAUCAUAAGGCCGGGCGAGAAACAUCAGGAAGAGGAGAAACCGAGAGGCCUCAUAUAAAACCAAGCGAAGGUAACGGCGAGGAUGCUGAGCAGUUACAGUCCGGCGCAGUUGCCGAACCUCGAAGUGAUGAUGCUGAGAUACAGAAGAGGAAGAGGAAGAAGAAGAGGAAAGGUAGUGCUGAAGAUGCUCAGCAGUUACACUCUGGUGCAGUUGCAGAACUUCAAAUUGAUGAUGCUGAGAUACAGAAGAAGAAGAAGAAGAAGAAGAAGAAGAAGAAGAGGAAAGGUAGUGCUGAAGAUGCUGAGCAGUUACACUCUGGUGCAGUUGCAGAACUUCAAAUUGAUGAUUCUGAGAUACAGAAGAAGAAGAAGAAGAAGAGGAAAGGUAGCGCCGAGGAUGCUGAGCAGUUACAUUCCGGUGCAGUUACAGAACCUCGAAUUGAUGAUGCUGAGAUACAGAAAAAGAAGAAGAUGAAAGGUAGUGCUGAAGAUGCUGAGCAGUUACACUCUGGUGCAGUUGCAGAACUUCAAAUUGAUGAUUCUGAGAUACAGAAGAAGAAGAAGAAGAAGAAGAGGAAAGGUAGCGCCGAGGAUGCUGAGCAGUUACAUUCCGGUGCAGUUACAGAACCUCGAAUUGAUGAUGCUGAGAUACAGAAAAAGAAGAAGAUGAAAGGUAGUGCCGAGGAUGCUGAGCAGUUACAUUCCGGUGCAGUUACAGAACCUCAAAUUGAUGAUGCUGAGAUACAGAAAAAGAAGAAAAAGAAUAAGAAGAGGAAAGGUAGUGCUGAAGAUGCUGAGCAGUUACACUCUGGUGCAGUUGCAGAACUUCAAAUUGAUGAUUCUGAGAUACAGAAGAAGAAGAAGAAGAAGAGGAAAGGUAGCGCCGAGGAUGCUGAGCAGUUACAUUCCGGUGCAGUUACAGAACCUCGAAUUGAUGAUGCUGAGAUACAGAAAAAGAAGAAGAUGAAAGGUAGUGCUGAAGAUGCUGAGCAGUUACACUCUGGUGCAGUUGCAGAACUUCAAAUUGAUGAUUCUGAGAUACAGAAGAAGAAGAAGAAGAAGAAGAGGAAAGGUAGCGCCGAGGAUGCUGAGCAGUUACAUUCCGGUGCAGUUACAGAACCUCGAAUUGAUGAUGCUGAGAUACAGAAAAAGAAGAAGAUGAAAGGUAGUGCCGAGGAUGCUGAGCAGUUACAUUCCGGUGCAGUUACAGAACCUCAAAUUGAUGAUGCUGAGAUACAGAAAAAGAAGAAAAAGAAUAAGAAGAGGAAAGGUAGUGCCGGAAAUGCUGAGCAGUUACAGUAUACAGUAUCUGGCGCAGUUGCAGAACCUCAAAUUGAUGAUGCUGAGAUAAAGAAGAAGAAGAAGAAGAUGAAAGGUAGCGCCGAGGAUGCUGAGCAGUUACAGUCCGGUGCAGAAGCAGGACCUCAAAUUGAUGAUGCUGAGAUACAGAAGAAGAAGAAAAAGAAGAAGAGGAAAAAAGAAUUAAGAAUUGAAAUAGCGGAGGAAAAUGAAGAGGAGGCAUCGAAUGGGACUUUGGAUUUGCCGCCGAUGUCAACAGAACAGUUGGAGGAGUCUGGAAAUUGUUUAGAAAAUACUGCGGCUCCUCAAGAACCAUUAGGAUCCAGUUUGGUCAAGACGAAAAAACACAAGAAGAAACAUCACUCCUCUAAUGACGCCACUCAAGACGAAAAAGAGGGCGUGGAUGUAAGCUUUUCUCCUGAGGAUUCUGUGACCAUGGCUAAAUGUUCAUCGAAGAAUAAGAGGAAAACUUUCUUUGAAGAAAUGAAUGUCUUUCACACUCCGAAAGAAAAUGUGAAGUUUAAAAACGCAUCCAACCAGAAAACAAAUGAGGGCCUUAAGGACCAAAACACUGAGUCGGUGACUAAGAAGAAGAAAAAGAGUGACAUUUUGAGCAGGGGUGUAUCUGAAGACAGAGUGGCGCAAAGCGAUGAUUCAGUGUCUAAGAGAAAGAAGAGGCACUCGUCCUUCCUCGUUGCUGAUGCAGAGGAAAGUUGUGCACAGACGUACAUAAUCUCUCCCUCUGCGUGCCGGGCCGGCGCAGGGAGGAAGAGGAAAAUGGAACGCACGGGAAAUGAAAGCGAAGGACUGGACAGUGCAGCUGACGCAGGGUUUUCUGCCAAUGAUGAGGCUGUGGUAUUGAAAAAGAAGAAGAAAGUGUGUAACAGUGUGAUAGUAGAGGCUCCUCCGACUGCCACGACCGUAAGCCCGGUUUCACGCAAGGAAAAACGCAACUGUGAUGCGAGCACGGAAACGCUGACCUCGGUCAAAUGUGAUUUAGCAUCUUCAGAGACGGUGAAUGACACGAAGACCAGAAAAAGAAGAAGAAAAAAUGAUGAAAAGUUGUUGACUAAGUCGGCUGAGUCCGAGCCCGGGGAAACCAGAGGGAAGGAAAGAAGCGAGCAGCCGCCUGUCGGCGCCGUCACAUCGGAGACUCCUCUCACCCUGAGAAAGAAGCACAGAAAGCUCAAGCGGAAACUUCUUAAUCCAACCGUGGAGUCCUUCUAUGAGUCCUAGUUUGAACUCGCUGAUUGGAUGAGUUGUAGACUUGAGUUUGAUCAGUGGCGGAAUCGACUUCCUGUGUUGUGUUGAUGUGAAAAGACUUUGUGUUUGAAUAUGUAUUUUGUUUUGUAUCAAAGCAUUUUACUGAUACAGCUCUCAACCUUUUCGGUGUUGCGGUGAACUGAAAAAUAACAACAGACUAAUGAGUUAUUUAAAAUAAAAUUACAUGCCUUUUUUUAUUAAAUUGUGAUCACUCUUGAAUGUGAAACAAAAUGCAAUGUUUUCUGUUUUUAAUAUGCAGUAAGCCGAUGUCAACUGUUCAGGUUGACAACCAUGUACACAGCUACCUAAUGGGCAUUUGGCUCUCAUAGAAGGGGAAGUUGGUGUCUUUCCUUAAACUU